AUGGAUGCUGACGGUGAUAUGCAGCUGGGUGGUCCGAGCUGGGACGUGAAGGUCGGGCGGCGCGACUCGACGACGGCGAGCUUCAGGGGCGCCAACAACAACAUCCCGCCGCCGACGUCGGGCCUCGCCAACCUCACCUCGCUCUUCGCCGCGCAGGGCCUCUCCCAAAAAGACAUGGUCGCGCUCUCUGGAGCUCACACCAUUGGCCAAGCACGUUGCACCAACUUCAGAGCCCACGUAUACAAUGACACUAACAUCGAUGGCACCUUCGCAAGAACAAGGCAAUCAGGCUGCCCUAGAACCUCAGGUUCAGGUGACAACAAUUUGGCGCCUCUGGACCUUCAAACCCCAACCGUCUUUGAGAACAACUACUACAAGAACCUUGUGUGCAAGGAGGGGCUUCUACACUCCGACCAGGAGCUCUUCAAUGGCGGAGCCACCGAUGCGCAAGUUCAAUCAUACAUCAGUAGCCAGAGCACAUUCUUCUCAGAUUUUGUGACAGGCAUGAUAAAGAUGGGUGACAUCACACCGUUAACAGGCUCUAAUGGGCAGAUCAGGAAGAACUGCAGAAGGAUUAACUAA